GGGGCCGUGCCCGCGGCUUCCAGAGAGUUCGGAGACGGCGGCGGAGCGGCGAGGGUGCACGUCACAGCGAGGAAGAUGGUGAAGGAGACGGGCUACUACGACCUGCUGGGCGUACGGCCAGGUGCCAGCUUGGACGAGAUCAAGCGGGCGUACAGGCGCCUGGCGCUGCGCUACCAUCCCGACAAGAACCCCAGCGAGGGCGAGCGGGUACGUGCAGCCCCCCGGCCCCCCUCAUUCAAGCAGAUCUCCCAGGCCUACGAGGUGCUGUCGGACGCCCACAAACGGGCGCUGUACGACCGUGGUGGCGAGCGAGCCAUGAAGGAAGGUGGCCUGGGUGGCCGCGGGGGAGGCAGCGGCUUCGGCUCCCCCAUGGACAUCUUCGACCUCUUCUUUGGAGGGGGAGUGCGGAUGCGUGGCCGGGCAGACAGGAGAGGGAAGACAGUGGUGCACCAGCUCUCGGUGUCGCUGGAGGACCUGUACAAUGGCUCCACACGGAAGCUGUCCCUGCAGAAGAACAUCAUCUGCCGCAAGUGUGGAGGCUGCGGGGUACGGGAGGGUGCCCAGAGAAGGUGCCCCAAGUGCCAUGGCUCGGGCAUGGAGGUUCGUAUCCACCAGCUGGGGCCCAGCAUGAUCCAGCAGAUCCAGACAGUGUGUUCCCAGUGCCAGGGCCAAGGCGAAUGGAUCCGGCCCCGGGACUGCUGCCUCACCUGCAACGGCCGCAAGGUUGUGCGGGAGAAAAAGAUUCUCAGUGUCCACCUGGAUAAAGGGAUGAAGGAUGGGCAGAAAAUCACCUUCCAUGAGGAAGGGGACCAGGUGCCUGGCCUGGAGCCCGGGGACAUCAUCAUUGUCCUGGAUCAGAAGGAGCAUCCUGUUUUCCGGCGCAGCGGUGACGACCUCAUUGUCAGGAGGGAGAUCAGCCUGGCAGAUGCCCUGUGCGGGUGCCGGCAGGUGAUCCGCACCCUGGACAACCGCACCCUGCUCGUGUCCUCCCCACCAGGUGACGUGAUCCGGCCUGGGGACCUGAAGUGUAUUCCCAACGAAGGGAUGCCUGUCUACAGGAGCCCCUUUCAGAAGGGAAAGCUCAUCCUGCAGUUCGAGGUGAAGUUCCCCGAGCCAGGCUGGCUCCCUGCUGACCGCCUGCGCCAGCUCCAGGCCUUCUUCCCACCGCAGGAGGAGGUGAUGGCCACUGAGGACACAGAGGAGGUGGAGCUCAGUGAUUACACAGCACACGGUGGGCCCGGCCGGCGGCCCUACACUGGAGAAGCCUAUCACGAGGAUGACUUCGAGGACGGGAUGCGCCAGCAUGUCCAGUGCCAGACCUCAUAGCGGGGAGGGGGGGGCCGGAGUUCCCCGGGCACAGGCGGGGCAGGGCCAGGGCCGAGGGGUGGGGAGAGGGCUGGCGGAGCCACCACGUUCAGGGAUGUACAUAUGUCGCCUUUCCGACAGCACUUCACCUCCCUUGGCCCCCCGGGAACAGGCGGAACCUCCCAGUGAGGUGGCUGAGCUGGGUGAGGUUCCCCCUGCCCUGCCUCCAGCCCCGAGGCAAUGGAGUUGCCGUGGCGGGUGCUUGGGUGGUGUGGGGCCGGGUCGAGUUACCUGGCACAUCCCACACUGGGAAGGCUCAGCCCUGGCCUGAAAGGAGGAGAGGAGGAGGGGGUGCCCGGUUUCCCCAUCUGGCGUGGUGGGGCCAAGCUUGUGCUGAAGCCAGUGUGGGGAGGAAGAGAACUGCCCACCCCUUUCGGGGAUGCCCCACUCCCGGCCCUACACUGCGGGGGCCUGCUGCCUGGGCCCCCAGCCCCUUGCUUUGCCCAUUUCUUUCCUUACUGGAGCCUGGCUUAAGCCUGGGAUGCAGAGGGGGUGGCUCUUUUCUCUUUGCACAGGACAGGAGGGGUUGGGAGGGACCUGUCCCUUCCCUUUAAUUUAUUUUUGGAAGAAUUUUAGAAGUUGUUUUUUUGU